AGCGACAAUUCGCCUGAUCACGAGGGGUAUCUUUCUUUUCCCAUUAAUAUAUAAGCCGAAUGUAGGCACGCUGUAUUUAGGUGUUUUAAAAAUCGUUUUAUUAAGCUUCUUGAAUAAGUAAAAACAUGUCUGAUGUUGAAACGAAUGAUGGACCCUCCUCAAUUACAGCAGGAGGUCCCAUGGACGUGAAUACUGCUUUACAAGAAGUAUUAAAAAAUGCCCUCAUUCACGAUGGAGUCGUUCAUGGACUCCACGAAGCAGCAAAGUCUCUUGAUAAGAGACAAGCGAUGCUCUGCAUUUUAGCUGAUAAUUGUGACGAACCAAUGUACAAAAAACUUGUUCAAGCUCUUUGUAAUGAACAUCAAAUUCCUCUUAUAAAAGUAGAUAAUAAUAAAAAAUUGGGUGAAUGGGCUGGUCUAUGCAAAAUCGACAGUGCCGGUAAAGCUCGUAAAGUUGUUGGAUGUUCUUGCGUCGUUAUUAAGGACUUUGGCGAAGACACACCAGCGAAAGAUGUUCUUAUGGAGUACUUGAAGCAAAGUUCUGUACAUUAAAACUCUUUUAAUAAAAUAUUACAUAUAA